UUCAACACAGUGACUGUUCGAGUUUGUGUGUCGUCAGACGCAGUCGCGUAGCUCCGUUUGGUUGUUCGGAAAGAAAUGAAAGCUGUCGUCCUCACCGUUGCGUUCGGAUAAUAAGUGGUUUGCCGAUUGCCGUUGUUUCUAGUACUACUACUUGCUUUACUAUACGGCUAUAAUUGAAACAGUGACGUCUAGUCCGUUUAGUGGUCUGGUUGUUCAGGAGAAGGUAAAGGUGGUGUGUCUUAAUUAUUUCGGGCGCUCGUGGAAUUUUAUAAAGUUGCUUUAAUAAAUACCUAAGUGGAAUAAGUGGGUUUACAUAACUGAUUGACUCUUCGCUAAGACGUGCUUUUUGGAUACUUGACAAUAAUACUGUACAGUAUGACCUUAUAAACUUAGGGUAAUUUCACAAUGAAAUCGUCACCAACAGUAACAGAUGACUGUGACGACAUUUUUGGACCACCUAGAACAUACGCCAAUGGAUACUGUCCUCCAAAAAAUCGCCCCUCUAUGAUUUCGGCGAAAUAUCGACAGAAGGAAGAGAGGAGAAAAGUGUUAAAGAUAAGUAUUAACAAACUUAAAAAAAUUGAAGACCCCGAAGCCAGUUUAUGUCGGUCUGUACUUAUUAAUAAUACGAUGAAGAGACUUCAAAAAGAAGCGCGAGACGAAAAAAUCCAAAAACAACAACUCAAUUAUCCUAGGUGCCAUGAUAACGACAAUUUCCUCAAUAUUAAGAACGAGUUCAUGAAGAACGAACUUAAAAAUACUCCGUCACUCGAGGAGCCACAAGAUAAUCUUACUUCUUCCGAUUCUAAAUUCAUGGACAGUCUGAAGGCCGAUUUUGCUAUGGAAAAUGAAUUUGAUAAUAAAAUAGCGGGUGACUUGAACGAGAUCAGUUCGCCAGAAACGGCUAAAGGCAUAGACGUCUUAAACGGUUUAGUGGAAGAGAAUCUUAAUAAUUUGGGUAUAAUAGCCGGCAAUAAUGGUACUGUCGAACAAAUGGAUGAUGCCGUCCAGGACGUGAACAACCGGUACCCGAAAAGAUCUUACGACGACGUCGAAGACUGUGACGUCCAGGACGUGCUUUCUCAAUUUUAUAUGCCGCCAACACCUAGAAUGUUAACGUGCAUCGACGACGACGAAGAUGUGAAUGUUGUCGACGACGAACCUCUUCCGAAGAGAUUGAAAACGGAAGAGACCAAUAGUUCCGUAUCAUCAAGCCAAAGUUUGGUAAUUCCUCCGCCGCUAGUGUCCACUUCAACCCUCCUACCUAGUUCUACGUCCGCGUUCGAGCCAUUCGAAAGCUCCAGACUAUCAUUAUCUCAUCAUUCAUCGUCCUGCUUGGAGAAGAAGCAACAGCAGGAAGAUUUUCGGGUGAACGGGUUUUUGAACAAUAACAUUACCGAAGCCGACACCCGGCUGAGGUACAUGUGCCCAGUGCAAAACUUGGAUACGGACGCGAAUAACGCUUUCAGUUGCGGACAUGCGUCACUGUUCAACGAACUUCAGAGUAACGUGUUUCAUAGUUUGAUUACGUCUUUGGAAACAUAGCGCAUUGUAAAGCAUCGACAUACGGCAAACUGUAACUUGUGAUAAGGCGACACGCACGUGAAAUGAUUGUUAUGUUGUUACUACGUAAGCGCAUCAUUUUUAAUGUCGAUUACUCUUCCUGACUUGCUGAACUCUAUCGCGAAAAAACUGUAAAAAUUUUCAUUGCGACUUUAUUGGAAAUCAUUCGAUCUCACAUUUGUUAAUUGAAAUUUCACCAACGGCUCGUGAGUCAACUUAAUUAGGGUACUUUCCCCUUCCUUCCCUAUCUUCAGAUUAUUGAUUUGAUUAACGGAGAUUAUUAUUAGCAAAAAGGUAAGUCCAAUUACACAGUUACAAAGUCAGCCUUCAAUUGUUUAGUACAAUUUUGAUUAAUGGUAGGAUUAUUUUUUUAUGAACUGCAAAUCGAAAAAUAUGUAAAAUAGACGCCAUACAAACGCAGUAAGAGCCUGACCAUUUUAAACAUGUGAGAUUACAAAAAGAUUAUUCUAAUUUAGACCGCAUAUAAUUUGAUUAAGUGGCAUUUACCUAAAUACCAACUUUUUACAAUAAAUUGAAUGACAAAUCAAUAUCUCGAUAAAAUCAAAUAGUGUCUUAAAUAUUAUUAUUCAAAUCAAUCACUGUUCACCAAAGUCAUAUAUUUUUUAUCAUGUUUCAUUGAUGACGAUGUUGAGUAUCUUUUUAUGAAGCUACGCGAAUAGUAAAAUCAAAUUUCGUGGUUUAUGUCCUGUCUUUAAGUUCUUAAUUGUAAAGGAAAACCAUGCAACCAAAAUAAAAUUACAGGUUUGCUAGCAAUAAACUCGGAUAAAAAAUACGGAUAUAGAAUAGAAGAAAGUUACUUAUUUGUUGUGCAGUUAGGUGGGAGGUACUGAUCAUUAUUACACUUAAGAACCACUGUAUUUCGGGCUCAUUAUGCGUUUCGAAAACAAUUUUAAUGGCUCACAUUCGUACGUACGUAAAUAGAAUAUAGAAUAAAACUUUCUAAACACUCGAUCGUAAUUAACGUUUUCGUUUGGUAUUGUGUUCAGUUAAAUUUAUGUCUAUUUAAACUUGUAAAUGAUAAAGAGAUAAGUUUUACGACUACAUCGUUCCUAUGGAAUUAACGUAAUAUUUAUUUUAUGCCUUCACUUGAUUCACGGAUUAAUGAAAUAAAGCUAAAGAUUCCCAAUUAAAACCUUUUCUAAGUACAUACACAUUUGUUUAGUUAACGACUAAUUAGUACGGUAGUGGACCAAGUUUCUGCUCAAUGUUGCCUUCUAGAGAAAUGUUCAGGUCCUGUAUUUUUACUUUUUUUUUAUUGGUACCUACUAGGGACUGUUGGUAAACAUGUGGCUGUAUUUUAGCCACUCUUUGGCCACCUUUUUAUUCUUGGAACCACCCUUCCACCUUAAAAAAAUAGGUCUUCUAAACUUCAAAUGAAAUUAAGAACAUCAAAAAUACAAAAAUCUUUACCCCUACAAUCUUCUACUCCCUAUAGGUGACUCACAAAAACCUUUUACCGAAUUCCUCCCUCUUAUACAGUGAUAUGAUAUGUGCUAUCCUUAUAGAUUUGCAAACGUAUUAAAGCGAUUAAUCUUUUUUUAAUUUCUCUUCGUUUUAACGGUUUCCAUUUAAACAGUAAAUAUUAUUUCGUUGAAGCCCCACUAACCGUUAGUUUGUUGGCAACUCGUAAAAAUAAAAACGAAAUUCGGUUUAUACCAUAAGAAAGCCAUUAAGUGUUUUUAAUAAGCGUGUGGGCGGAAUAGUGAGAUAAUUUUGUAAAUGUAAAACGUCGAACUUGUUUUUUUUUUUAACAGUUCUGUACGGUACCUGUAGAAAAAAAUUUAAAACGUUUCACCAUUUUUCGGCGCACGAAAAUAAAUUUUCUUUUACCGUCAUUUUAAUUAAUCGUCCAUAAAAAUGAGAAACAACUUUUGUUGCCGUGAGACAUUAAGUGAUUUUUACAGUUUUUUCGAAUCACUUGUUGUUUGCAAGAAGGUGAAUAAAGAGCAGAAAUAAGCCUCGUUAUGUUUCUGUAACAAGGAGCUUCUCUUGUUGGGGAAGGCAUAUUGUUUAUCACAUUCUUGUUUAGCAGCAAGUACAAAAAGUAUCUUUCCUUCACCGUGCUCUCUAUAGGUACUGGCUAGAUGUCGAAAAAUUAAAUGUAGACAUUUUCCCGACUUACUAUUUUACAAAAAGAGAAAAAAAAACAAACAAAAUGAUAAGAGUAUGCGUUCAUAUUUUUUUGACGAGAUAAAUAAACUGACGAAGCGUCUUUAGAGAGCAAACACGACUGUGAUAUUUUUAAAUUAAAAAUAUUGUCUUUAUGUUAGAUGAUUAAUAAUAAUAAUAAUAAUAAUNCUGUAAUUUUAUGAGAAGAAAAUUAUAUAAUUGCAAUAAAUUUAAUGUAUUUCUUAAUAAUGCUUUUAGAACUACAUACUUCUCUGAAGACUGUUUGUGCUAUUAGAAUAUAAAUAUCGAUUCGUAGUUGCAUUGUGAGUAAAAUAAUAUUGUGACUUCGUUGCUUUAAAUAGAAAUCCGUAUACCCCAUACGCAUAUUUCCAAUGUGAGUCGUCUCAACCAACAAAACAAAUUUGACAAAAAAAAAGUACUUUUUACGACAUAACUUUCACCAAAUUCUAAACUCCUCUGCAGUAUUACGUUGAUGAACCAAUUAAAAUAAAAAGGGGGGGGGUACUUAGGCGCGAUUUAAAUAUGGGUGGAAUAUGUGGAAUCCAUUUUUGGAAAUAUGCGUUGGGUAUUGAUAAAAAUAUGGUCCUGUUUUAGACGCCAUGUUAAUAUUCAUACAUAUUUUUAAUAAACGUUAACGGCAUAUCAACACUUAAAAGUCAGCCGUAGAUAUAAUAUUUUUGGAUAAAUAUUUUGUAAUUUACUUUUAUAUAACGACCCCAAUAUUUUUAAUUUCGUUUUGUUAAGUUUCUCUAUGGAUUUGUUUAUUCAUAUACAAAAAGCGAUGAUUUAUGAUUACUUCGUUUUUGUUAAACUUAAAACGUACGUAGUUAAAAAUAAUGAUUUGUAUAUAUUUAUGUAUGUUAUAGUCCAUAUAUUUUUUUAUUUUAAGUUUUGUCAUCAUUUUUAUUAUCUAACGAUAGGUAAAAUGCUAAACGAGAAGUUAAAUCGAUGAAAAUUGUUUUAUUAAUAGUGUCUGCUAAACACUUGGCCCUUUUGUUUUAUUCUGCAAUUUUUUUUUUAUUUUAGCUGUGCCAUGUUGUUGUGAAUUGUUUUUGUUUAUUUUCUGGUUUUGUUGCUAACUGCAGACAAGUUACUUUAAAUCUUACAACGAAAUUAUUCAAAAUAACGGACAUCUGUUAAUUAGAAAACAAUUGUUGGAGAAGUAAUAGUUUAUUUGCGUUUGUUUUUUUAAACAGAAAUAGCAACCUAUCUCGUUGAAACCAAAACGAGGUAGUCACUACCAAAUCUCAAAGGUUACCGAAGUAAACAUAGGUUGUAUAAUUAUAUUAUUUUAACAUUAUUAUUCGAUUCAAUGUAUUAUAAAUGAAUUAUACACUUAAAUGCAUUAUCCAAUUUUUCAGGCGAUGCAAUAAAGUACCUGAAAGAUA